AUGAGUGAUGUCGAGGCAGUCUCUUUCCCAGCUGCCCUGGACGUCAGUCAAAACAUUGCUGCGGUGAAGCCCGAUCCUAUUGCAUCUUCACCGAGCAAUGCUACAGACUCCCACCGGGUAGAUGAGGGUCCGACACAUAAUGUUAAUGCGCAGGAAGACGGUCCUUCCAGUCCCAGGGCGGACUCGGAGGCCGAGACGAUAAUUCAAUCCGGUCGAGAGUCCUUGUCGCCAGAGAAGAAAAGGAAGCACAUAAAGCACGAUCCCAGUCGCCAACCUAAUGGAAUUGAUGGAUUGCGAAAGAAACCUCGGACGUUACCCGAUCAACGAGACCGCUCUCGUUCACCCGGCCAUCGUGAAGUCUCACCCUCCAUGGUUAAGAUCGAAAAGGUGGACGAUGCUCCCCCCGGGACGGAAGGUGUGCCUGAUAGAAUGGAUCACGCGCCAGAGAGACCUCGCAUUUUCCGCAAGCGAAGCUUCAGUGACAGCGCCGAGGAACAGCGAGAACACCGUCGCGCUCACUCCCAUGCUUCCCAUCAGGCACGAGAGCUCAAACACAACAAUCACACUCGCCUAUCCAGACCACCAUCCAAUGCGCGAUCGCUUUCACCCAAUCGAAGAUCUCACCAACGGUCUGCGUCAGGUUCCCAGUUUCCAUCUAAGAAGAAAGCUCCAACCCCGUUGCUCACAGGCUUCGGGCGCCACAGCUCUGAAGAUCGCCAAUCGACAGACUCUUCUACAAGUGGAUCACCACUGCCAGGUGCGCCACACCUUCGUAAACUCGGCUCUGGAGCGGGCGCAUCCGCAUCACCUGCCAAGCACAUGGGACCGAAGAAGUUGCGUGACAAGAGCGGCCGGACUCCUCUUGCGCGGGCAUGCGCAGACCGCAAACACGACCAGAUCGCCUCGCUUGCUGGCGAAGCCGAGAUCGUCAAGUUCCUACUCGAGGCAGGCUGUGAGAUUAAUACAAAGAAUAUCGACAAAGACACUCCUUUGAUCGAUGCUGUGGAGAAUGGCAAUGUGGAGGUGGUGAAGCUUUUGCUUGAUGCAGGCGCGAACCCACGAACCGUGAAUGCUGAAGGCGAUGAACCGUACGAGCUCGUGCCAUCCUUUAUCGACGAUGAUGAGUACGAAGAAAUGCGAAAAGCACUUUCUGAUGCCAAGGCGAACUUGCGGCCUGGGCGCCGCUCCGAAGAACACACGAGACCAGAGAGCAAGGAGCCAUCUUCACGACGGGCAUCGGCAGCGAGAGGAUCUGCAACCAGUCCUCGAGAAUCACCUCCUAUGCGUAGUCCCCCUCCCGCGGGGUCUGCCGCGAGCAGGCGAAAGGGCGGACGAAGUGAAGCCACACGGAACGACUUGUUGUGGACGAAACCGACGUUCGAAAAUCUUCGCGAAUUUGCUGCUAAAGGCGACGAAGCUGGGGUGGUGAGCAUUCUGAAUAUUCUGCAGAAAGCCGACAAUGCAUCAUUGAUCGCUGCAGCAAAGGGUGGCCACCAUGAUGUUCUAUCUCUUUUGUAUGCGAUGGGCAAUGCCGAUGCCGACCCGAAUCCACUGCGCGGUCAAAAGCCAGGAUACAACACCCCUAUGCUUGCUGCGAUUGGUCGGGGCAACAGCGCUGUCAUCCAGUUGAUUCUAAAUCAGCCUGGCUUUAACCCCACACGUCGAUUAUUUGAAGACCGAACAUAUUUUGAUCUCUCACGUGGUCGAAUGGGUGAAAACUGGGAGGAUGAGUAUCAAAUUCUAAAAGAUGCGUAUGAAAAUUUCCCUGGGGACAAGAGCCGCAAGGACGACUCGCCCCGCCGUGUGCGCAAAGAAAAGGACGACAAACGUGCCCCCCGCAAAGGGUCCUCUUCCCCCGUCCGCACCAAAAAGAUCAACAUGAGCCCCACCGCCAAUCGCAAUCGCGAUUCUAUAAAGGAAAAUGAUUCCAUUAAAGAAAAGCGACGCGAAAAAGACGAUUCUUCACGCGCACCUGAUUCCAAACCCAAACCCUUAGCCAGACGCGAUAGCGAGUCAAGCGGCGUCACACGCAACGACGAAGUCAAAAAGCGACGCCUUAUCGCAGGUCGACGCCCCCAAGAACGCAGACCCAGUGUUAUCUCCUCCGAUUCCUUAUCUGGACGCGAAGAAGCACCCAAGCCACGCGAGGCAGAAAACACCCUCUCCCUGAAGCGCAUCCGCACCGAUCAAUCUCCCGAACGCUCUCGCUCGCGCGGCGGCACCGAUACGGACAGGUUAUCUCCCGAGUCUCGUAAGAAAAAGAGAAGAGUUGUGUCUGAUGACAAGUCGGCUCCAAAUGGUACCUUGCGAUCCGAUGAGCCCAAACUCCGUCUUCAUGAAGAUUCCUCUCGCCCCGACCAUCACAAACCCGAAUCCAAGAAACCGCCUACCCGUCCCACUUCGCCUACACACGAUGCCAGAAAGAAUGGCGAUGUAAAGAAGGAAUCUCAUGACAGUAAGGCUACGGAGGAAACGGCUAAUGCGAAGCGUGCGGAGCUGGAGGCAGAUGAGCGUCGUCGGGCCCAGGCUAGGAAAGCGCAGGAGGAGCGUGCUGUGAACGACAAGCGAAUCGCGGAUGACAAGCGCGCGGCGGAUGACAAGCGUGCUACAAAUGAUAAGCGAAUCGAGGAAGACAGGCGUGCCGCGGAAGAAAAGCGUAUUGCAGAUGAUAAGCGUGCUGCAAAUGAUAAGCGAAUCGCAGAUGACAAGCGUGCCGCGGACGAUAAGCGCCUAGCGGACGAAAAGCGGAUUGCGGACGAAAAACGCAUGGCAGAAGACAAGCGUAUUGCGGACGAAGCUGAACGCGACCGACUUGCUCAAGAAGAAGCUGACCGAGCCGCGGAAGCCGCCCAAGCCGCUCGCGAUAAGGCCGAGGAAGAAGAUCGCAAACGCAAGGAGGCGGAUCAACGACGUGCCAAGCAAGCCGAGGAUGACCGCUUGAAGCGGUUGGAGCAAGAACGCGCUCGAAUUGCCAAGGUGCGCCGUGAUAUGGAAGCACAAGAGAAACGACGCCGCGAGGCACUGCCCAGCCGUCUCCGUGUUGCAGCAAACCUCGUGGGCUCCAAUGAUUCCCGCGCCAAAAGUCACAACUGGCUCAAGGCUUUCAUGCCCAUCGUCACUGCGCGCACCAUCCAACUCGAUGCCAACUGUGCUGUGGAUUUCGCUAACGAAAAAUGGAUCCCGAAUUAUCUGGUUGCACCAUUGUUGGCUACCAAUGACCUCCAGCUUUCACAAUAUGCCAGCUGGGAGAAGCGCAAAGCAACCCCAACUCAGCGCAUGAAUCUAUGGCGAGUCACCCGCCGCAUGUUGAAUCAUACGGACGGGAACGAAGACUCCAGCAUUGGACAGGUCAUGCAGCAGGAUUGUGAAACCAGGCCAAAGUAUUUCGAGAUGGAGCACGUCUUUUGGAUCAGACUUUCUGAUUUCACCGAUCUUGUUCCCCACAUCCCUCACCUGCAUGGCCUCGAGCUCCAAUACCUGAGCAUGCAUGUUGAUCCCGAGCCGCCGGCGGCUGGCACAGGGUUCGGCACUCACAUCAACGGCCAUGGCCCUGACUUUGUUGAAACGAACGGCAACGGACCGAUCAAUGGCUUUGGCCAUUCUCGGUCGAGUACAUACGUCUAG